GGGCGUUCCCACUGCAGCGGAAACUGUGUCACCUUCAGUGUGUUCCACCUGUGCCAUUGGUCGUCUCUGUCCUCAGCAGCAGCAGCAGCCGAAGCCAUGAGUCAGUUUCGGGCGCUGGCAUGUGUCCUGAGGGUCGGAGGACGUCUGUGGUGGCAAGGGUGUGGAGGGUGUGGAGGGACCCUGUCCCAGUGCAGGCCUCAUCCCAGGAGAGGUUGCUCCUCUGAGGCUACACCAGUGAGCUGGAGCUCCAGCUAUGUGGAGGAGAUGUACUUUGCUUGGUUGGAGGAUCAUAAAAAUGUGCAUGAGUCGUGGGACGCCUUCUUCCGGAACACGCAGGGAACAUCCAGUCCGCCUGCAGAGGAGGUUGCAGGGCGACCCUCCGCCAUCCUCCAGGGUCGAGUCCUGUCCCAUUCGCCCGACACGACGCGCAAAGUGGUGGAAGACCACCUGGCUGUGCACACGCUCAUCAGAGCAUACCAGAUUCGUGGUCAUCAUGUGGCCCAAUUAGAUCCUCUGGGCAUCCUGGAUGCUGACCUGGACUCCUUCGUUCCCUCUGAUCUCAUCACCACCAUUGAUAAAUUAGGGUUCUACGGUCUUGGUGAGUCUGACCUGGACAGACGCUUCCGACUUCCUCACACCACCUUCAUCGGAGGGGGAGAGACGACUCUUCCUCUCAGAGAGGUCAUACGCAGACUGGAGGCAUCCUACUGCGGUCACGUGGGCGUUGAAUUCAUGUUCAUCAACAACGUGGCCCAGUGUCAGUGGAUUCGUCAGAAGUUCGAGACCCCGGGAAUUAUGCGGUUCACCGACACUGAGAAGAGGACGCUGCUAGCUCGCCUCAUCAGAUCAACACGGUUUGAGGACUUCCUGGCCAGGAAGUGGUCAUCAGAGAAACGUUUUGGUCUCGAAGGCUGUGAAGUCCUCAUCCCAGCUCUUAAAACCAUCAUUGACGUCUCCAGCACUGCCGGCAUCGACAGCGUGAUCAUGGGGAUGCCACAUCGGGGUCGACUUAACGUCUUAGCCAACGUGAUCAGGAAGGACUUGGACCAGAUCUUCUGUCAGUUUGACCCCAAAUUAGAGGCUGCUGAUGAAGGUUCAGGGGACGUGAAAUACCACCUGGGAAUGUACCAUGAGAGAAUAAACCGCGGGACAGAGAAGAACAUCACGCUGUCCCUCAUGGCCAACCCGUCCCACUUAGAGGCGGUGGAUCCAGUGGUCCAGGGAAAGGCCAAAGCUGAGCAGUUCUACAGGGGCGACACGCUGGGGAAAAAGGUGAUGUCCAUUCUGAUGCACGGCGAUGCUGCUUUCGCUGGGCAAGGUGUUGUGUACGAAACAUUCCACCUAAGUGAGCUCCCCUCGUACACCACACAUGGUACCAUCCAUGUGGUGGUCAACAAUCAGAUCGGCUUCACGACAGACCCGCGGGUUGCUCGCUCAUCUCCUUACCCGACUGAUGUUGCCCGAGUGGUCAAUGCUCCCAUUUUCCACGUUAAUGCCGAUAACCCCGAGGCCGUCGUGUACGUGUGUCGCGUGGCCGCAGAAUGGAGGAACAUCUUCAACAAGGACGUCGUCAUUGACCUGGUUUGUUACAGGCGCUUUGGCCACAAUGAAAUGGAUGAGCCCAUGUUCACUCAGCCGCUGAUGUAUAAACAGAUCCGCCGGCAGGAACACGUGCUAAAAAAGUACUCCGACAAGCUCAUUGCCGAGGGAGUGGUCACGCUGCAGGAAUUUGAGGAGGAAGUGGCCAAAUAUGACAGGAUAUGCGAGGAAGCGUACACCAGCUCCAAGGAUGAGAGGAUCUCACACAUCCGACACUGGCUGGACUCCCCCUGGCCAGAUUUCUUCACAGCAGAAGGAGAACCUAAGACCAUGAGUUGCCCCCCCACGGGACUGGAUGAGGAGGUCAUGCAACACAUUGGCCAGACUGCCAGCUCAGUGCCUCUGGAAGAUUUUACCAUACACCCUGGUCUGUCUCGUAUCCUGCGCAGCCGAGCCGACCUGGUGAAGACUCGUCAGCUGGACUGGGCCCUGGGAGAGUACAUGGCCUUUGGAUCUCUUCUCAAAGGUGGCACCCACGUGCGGCUCAGCGGGCAGGAUGUAGAGAGGGGCACUUUCAGCCACCGUCAUCAUGUCCUUCACGACCAAGAGGUGGACAAACGCACAUGUGUCCCCAUGAACCACCUGUGGAGCGACCAGGCGCCCUACACGGUCUGCAACAGCUCCCUGUCAGAGUACGGCGUCCUCGGGUUCGAGCUGGGCUUCGCCAUGGCCAGCCCCGACGCCCUCGUCCUAUGGGAGGCCCAGUUUGGAGACUUUCACAACACGGCCCAGUGCAUCAUAGACCAGUUCAUCAGCUCGGGCCAGGCCAAGUGGGUCCGCAACAACGGCAUCGUGCUGCUCCUCCCGCACGGGAUGGAGGGAAUGGGUCCAGAACAUUCAUCAGCCCGUCCUGAGCGCUUCCUGCAGAUGAGCAAAGAUGAUCCGGAUCACUUCCCUGAGUUUGGUGGAGAUUUUGAAGUGCAGCAGCUGUACGACUGUAACUGGAUUGUGGUCAACUGCUCCACGCCUGCUAACUACUGUCAUGUGCUCAGACGGCAGAUUCUGCUGCCGUUCAGGAAGCCGCUGAUUGUCUUCACGCCUAAGUCUCUGCUGAGACACCCGGAUGCCAGGUCCAGUUUUGACGACCUCACCAAAGGCACGAGAUUCAAGAGGCUGAUCCCGGAUCAGGGACCUUGCGGCCAAAGCCCAGACAGAGUGAAAAGGUUGAUCUUCUGCACUGGUAAAGUCUACUACGAGCUGUGCAAAGAGAGGAAACAAGAGAACCUGGAGAACGAGGUCGCCAUCAUCAGACUGGAGCAGAUCUCCCCAUUCCCCUUCGACCUGGUGCGAGCAGAGGUGGAGAAACACAACAGCGAGGCUGAGCUGAUCUGGUGUCAGGAGGAGCACAAGAACAUGGGCUACUACGAUUACGUCAGGCCUCGUCUUCUCACCGUGGUGGCCAACAAGAGGCCCGUCUGGUAUGUCGGGCGGGAUCCUGCCGCCGCUCCUGCGACAGGGAACAAGUCGACACACCUGAACGAGCUGAAGAAGUUCAUGGAAACGGCCUUCAACCUGAGUGCCUUCCAGGGGAGGAAAGUUUGAACUUGACUGAAGGUUUAGUUUUUUCUCCAGCUCUUUUUUUUGUAUCCAUGUUGGUUACGUAGAUGGGAGCUCUGGAUGGCCCUGACAUGUUUCACUACUAAUACAAAUCAUGAAAAUAGCAAAAUGAUAUCUUGAAUUUUCCAGCGAGCUGCCACAUAGAGAAAAAUGAAAGGAUGCAACUUUGCCACUUUGAUAUUUUGUAAGUGCUAAGAAGCUCCAGUAUGUAUUUCAAGAAAAACACUGCAUCUCAGCUUUGGGAUAUCAGUGAAAAAGACUUUUUCUUUUUCACCCCAUUUUUGCUGUUUUGUGCGCCAAAUAUUUCAACUGUGUUCUUAAAUAAUCUUCAUAAUUUUUCUCCUCGUAUAUUAUGGCGUUAUUCCAAUAAUAUUUUUACUUUAUUCUCAUAAUAUUAUAACUUUUUCCACAACCUAAUUUCUUAAAAAAACUACAACUUCAUUUGUUGUCUUAUUACCACUUUUAAAAAUAACUUUUUUUUUUUUUAUUUCAACUAUGUGCUACUAAAAUGACAUUGUUUUUCCUUAUAAGUAGUAUUACAAGUUUAUUCUGUUAAAAUUGCGGCUUUCUUCUGUUAAUAUUUCAACUUUAUUCUUGUAAAAUUACAGCUGUUGUUUUCCAUUUCUGCUUGUUCUUUUUCUUCUAGUAAAUUUUAUUCUCAUAAUUCUCACUUUAUUCCCAAAAUAUUUUGACUUUACUCUCGUAACAUUCUAACUUUUUCCGCAGCCUAAUGUUCGAAUGAUUUUUUUUUCUUGUAAUAUUAAAACAUCAUUCUUGUAAAAUCGUGAUAUUUUUUCUUGUUAGAAUACGACUUUUUCCCCCAAUAUUUGGACUUUAUUCUCCUAAAAUUACAGCUGGUUUUUUUCCAUUUCUGCUUUUAAAAAAAAUUGCCAACUGUUUAAACAUUUUUCUUGUAAAUUUUCUUCUCGUAAUGAUGACUUUAUUCCCAAAGUAUUUUGACUUUAUUUCCAUAAUAUUUUAACUUUUUCUGUAACCUAAUUUUCCAAAAAUGACAACUUUAUUUAGUUUUGUUAGUUUCUCAUAUUAAAACUUGUAAAAAGUCUUUCUUAAAUAGUUGAAUUUUAUGCUAGUAAAAUAACAUUAUUUCUCCUCAUAAUAUUACAACAUUGUAAUAAAUCACUAGCUUUUUUCUCGUUAGAAUAUAACUUUUUUUCUAAUAUUUGGACUUUAUUCUCAUUUUUCCAUUUCUACUUUUUUAAAUUUUCCAAUUGCUUCAACUUUCUUCUUGUAAAUUUCCUUCCUGUAAUUAUGACUUUAUUCCCAUAAUAGUUUGACUUUAUUCUCCUGAGAUAACUUUUUUGCCACCUGAUUUAAAAAAAAAUUGACAACUUUAUUUGUUGUUUUGUUUGUUUUAGAAGACCACUUUCUUUCAUUUUUCAGUUUAUUUUUCUUAUUUUUCUGCAUAAUAUUACAACAUUAUUCUUGUAAUAUUGCAACUUUUUCUCGUUAGAAUACAAAUGUUUAAUAUUUUAUUAAUAUCAUAUAUUUUUGACUUUAUUCACAGAAAAUUACAGCUGAUUUUUUUCCCCAUUUUUGCUGUUUUUGCUUGGUGUUUUUUUUUAGUUUUCUUGUUAUGUUUUUGGGCCGCAUGGUGGCCAGGUUUGAAUCUCUGUUUGGACGUCUCUGUGUGGAGUUUGCAUGUUCUUGCCGUGCGUGCGUGUGUUUCCUCCCACAUUCCAAAAACAUGCAUGUUAGGUUAAUUGGAGACUCUAAAUUGUCCAUAGGUAUGAAUGUGAGUGUGAUUGGUUGUUUGUCUAUAUGUGCCCUGCCAUUGGCUGGCAACCAGUCCAGGGUGUACCCCGCCUCUCGCCCGAAGUCAGCUUGGAUAGGCUCCAGCAUACCCCCACGACCCUAGUGAGGACAAGUGGCAUAGAAAUUGGAUGGGUGGAUAAAUGUUAUGUUAUGUUAUUUAGAAUGUGCUGCAGGCCAAUAAAAUGACACCCCUGAUCUCAGGGCUUUUUAACGCUUCAGUACCUCUUCACAACAAUAAGCACAACAGAUCCUCAUAACUUGAACAUAGUAGCUUAUCAUUGCAGAUGUAGAACGCUGGCCAUCAUAAAUAUUUUAUAGUAGUUUUAUUCGAGUGUUUUAAGUACGUUUUCUCAAAGCAUAGUUAAUUAUUAUGUAACUGAGAAAUGUGCUUUUUUUUUUUCAAACUAAUACCAAUACCAAUAACUCUCUGCUUCUCGAGACCGAUAUGGUACCGAUAACCGAUAACUACUUUUUUUAUUCAGUGUGCACACCUGGAGGUUAGAAGGACUGGAACACAUUAGGAUUUGAUUAGGAACCAGAGUAUAGAGCGAAGAUGUGGCCCAGUAAAGUGCACUGUAUUCGGGUACAUGCUCCGAGCAGCCGGUGUGCCGCUAUGGACGUCUCUGGCAAACCUUAUGCUCUCGUAACUUCACGACCUUUUCCUUGUAACAUAGGAACAUUACAACGUUUUUCGUAACACAACUUUAGUCAUUACUUUCUUCUUGCGACAUUCUUUUAAGAAACUUGCCAACUUUUCUUUGUAAGACUAUAGCAUCAUUCUCAUUCCAUUUACGGGGUUAAUCUUGUAACAUUACGACUUUUUCCCAAGUAACCUUUUUCUUGUAACAUUCCGACUUUUUUUAGCUUCAUAUUCAUUCCAUUAUAAGUUUAAUAUUGGAACAUUACGACUUUUUUUCUGGUAACCUGACCUUUUUUUUCACAAUAUUGCGACAGUUUUCCUCGUAACCUUGUAACUGUUUGCUCUUGUAACUUCACGACCUUUUCCUGUAACAUAAUAACAUUACAACGUUUUUCGUAACACCACAACUUUUGCCAUUACAGCCUUUUUUUUUUUUUAAACAAAACUUUACAACUUUUUUGUAACACUGUAAUUUGUAACAAUAUGACUUUUUUGUAAGCGUAGCCUUUUUUGGAAACAUUCCAACUAUUUUUCAUAACACCACAACUUUGUACUCAUUCCCACAUGAGUUUACUCUUGUCACAUUCCACAUUAUUUUGGUAACAUUUUUUCAUAACAUUACAACAACGUUUUUUGUAGCCAUAUAACUUUAUUCUUUCUGUUGUUACAUAACAACACUGCAAAGUUUUUCGUAACAGCACAACUUUCUUCUCGUAACAUUUGAGUAUGUAGAUAACUACAUUGCCACAGAAUGGUGAUUUUCAUGUGACAUUACCACUUGUGUUUGUGACAUGAUGACUUUAUUGUUGUCACAUGACAUCUUUUUUCCCCUUUUCCAUGUGGCCCUGAUGUACUUUCAUCCUUUCACACCGUACCAGAGUACCUGUGUAUAUAAACAAUAGUGUUCUACGUGUGAUAUUAAGGUAAUUAAAGUGCUUCUGACAGGCAUCAGUAGACGCGUGUCUGCCUUUGCUUUUUGCCAUCUGAGCCGUUAGUGAAGGAAUGCCUCUUUAUCGUCACAGCUCGCCUCAUUAGCAGACAUCAGCCAGCUGGCGCAGAGACUUGUUUACUUUUUGCAACAUAAGGCUCGAGCACGCACAAACGCAGACAACAAAGCCCGCGAGGCCCGACGGGCGGCGUUGACGCUCGCUCGUCUCGUUUGAACCCUCAUGUGUAAAUAAACAUCAUAACUAUUUAACC